AUGUCUUUGACUCAGGAUUCGGCGUUCAUCGAGCUCAAGAGCUAUGUUGAAGCCAAUGAGAAGAACAAGCAGAUUCUCGAUUGGUUCAAAGAAGAUUCCAGACGCUUCGAGAAAUUCAGCCGCACGUUCGAAUCUCCAGAUGGCACAUUCUUGUUCGAUUUCUCAAAGAAUCGCGUCACCGACAAGUCGUUCGAUCUUCUCAUCAAAUUGGCGAAAUCUCGUGGAGUUGAGCAAUCUCGCAAUGCGAUGUUCGCCGCGGAAAAAAUUAAUUUCACCGAAAACCGCGCGGUUCUCCAUGUUGCGCUUCGCAACCGCGCCAACAAGCCGAUUUUGGUCGACGGAAAAGACGUGAUGCCCGAUGUUAAUCGCGUUUUGGCCCACAUGAAAGAGUUCUGCGGUGAGGUGAUUAGCGGAAAAUGGGUUGGGCAUACUGGAAAGAAGAUCACCGAUGUUGUGAACAUUGGAAUCGGAGGAUCCGAUUUGGGACCACUUAUGGUCACCGAGGCACUCAAACACUACCAAAUUGGACCUAAUGUGCAUUUUGUGUCCAAUGUUGACGGAACUCAUGUCGCUGAGGUGACCAAGAAAUUGAACCCAGAGACGACAUUGUUCAUCGUUGCCUCGAAGACGUUCACCACUCAAGAAACCAUCACCAACGCCGAAACUGCCAAAGAAUGGCUUUUGACGAAACUUGGCGACAAGUCGGCGGUCGCCAAACACUUUGUCGCCCUUUCGACCAAUGUGCCAAAAGCUGUCGAAUUUGGAAUCGAUGCUAACAAUAUGUUCGAAUUCUGGGAUUGGGUUGGCGGACGCUAUUCGUUGUGGUCGGCUAUCGGACUCUCGAUUGCUGUUCAUAUCGGAUUCGACAACUUCGAGAAGCUUCUUAAUGGUGCCUUCGCCGUCGAUGAGCACUUUGUUAAUGCACCACUUGAGCAAAAUAUUCCCGUGGUUAUGGCACUUCUCGGUGUCCUUUACAACAAUGUUUAUGGCGCCGAGACUCAUGCUCUGCUCCCUUAUGAUCAGUACUUGCAUCGUUUCGCCGCUUAUUUCCAACAAGGCGACAUGGAGAGUAACGGGAAAUUCGUGACGAGACACGGAACUCGCGUCGACUACAACACGGGACCGAUUGUUUGGGGAGAGCCGGGAACCAAUGGACAACACGCGUUCUACCAGCUCAUCCACCAGGGAACCCGUCUUAUCCCAGCUGAUUUUAUUGCGCCGGUCAAAACGUUGAAUCCGAUUCGCAAUGGGCUUCAUCAUCAGAUUCUUCUUGCCAACUUCUUGGCUCAACCCGAAGCGCUUAUGAUGGGAAAAACUAGCGCUGAAGCUGAGGCGGAACUCAAAGCAUCUAAUAUGGACGAAGAGAAGAUUAAGAAGAUCUUGCCGCACAAGGUCUUCGAAGGAAACAAGCCAACCACAUCGAUUGUGCUUCCAAAAGUGACACCAUUCACCCUUGGUGCACUUAUCGCCAUUUAUGAGCACAAGAUCUUUGUCCAAGGAGUUAUCUGGGAUAUUAACAGUUUUGAUCAAUGGGGUGUUGAACUCGGAAAGCAGCUCGCCAAGGCAAUUCAGCCGGAAUUGACGUCGCCUGGAGAAGUCACCACUCACGACCAAUCGACGAACGGAUUGAUCGCUUUCAUCAAGAAGAACGCAUAA